AUGGACAUCAGUGAAAACGAAUGUCUGAGCCGUCAGAGGCUCCUCUGUGUCCUCAGGAUAAGGACACAGGCGGUGCUGGGCCAACAGGCCCGCCCACAGCCCUGCUCACGCCAAGGGGUAAAGGGAGGUUUGCCGGCCGUGUCCCCUCGGGGGCCUCAGCUCCUCGUACUAACGGGUGCGGGGCGCAGGGCAGGGUGCGGCGUCCGUGGGCCAAACACCCCAGACAGGGGCGCCGGGUGGAGGGAGGCACCCUGCCGGCCCCGUCCGGGCCGCGGGGGCCAUGGGAGGAAGGAGGACCGAUCGCCAGGUGGGGAAGCUGCCGCCCGCCUUCGGCAGCGCGAGGCGACGGCCUUGCUCACGUCUGCUCAGGUGAACGUGUCCUUCUCGCUGUCCCUGGAGCUGCUCUCCUAUCAGAAGCUCCCGGCGGACCAGAUGCUGCCCGGGGUGGACGUUCGGCGGCAUGCCAACGGAGAGAAGGAGAUGGUGUUCGCUCAGAACCUGCUCCUGGAGUCCGCCGACCAGCCCGCUCAGGUGGUGCCCCUGAAGGCCACCGUGGCCGUGCCCGAGCUGCAGCUCUCCACCAGCUGGGUGGACUUCGGGACCUGCUUUGUGAACCAGGCACGGGUCCGGGAGGUCUACCUCAUGAACCUGAGUGGCUGGGUUGUGCCUAUGGGUCGUGGAACUGAGACCCGAGCAGAGCUGAAAUCUAUCUCGGCCUGCCCCAGCUAG